AUGGACAAGAGCACGGAGACCGACGACGAGUUUAUCGAGGCCUUCUAUGGGACGAUUCGGUGAGUUAGAUCUAAUCGGUUAAACAAAUAUUGUGACCGUUCAUUGUGGGUAAUCUGAGCGGGCACAAAAGGUGGCGCUAUGCCAACUGACCGCUCAAGAGGUCAUAUUGGGUUAGGGGCGAGGUAAAGAAAACCUGACGGGCGAGGCAAAGUCGGGCUGGGGUAAGGAGGUGGUUAAGACAAGGUUGGGAAGAGUAAACGGAUGUCAGGCUAAAUAAGCAAAUAUGGGGUUACUUCUGGUUUAUUAGGGGUAGGGUAACAUUAAGAUUAAGCAUUUUUUAGGUUUUCAUUAAUCUAUGGGGUAUGUUUUUGUAUUUUUAGGUGACUUAAUAUAUUUUCUUAACAUUGACCUUUCCUUGGUCUAACAAAUGCAAUAUUACUGUCUUCAUCCUUUACUAUUAUAAAUACUUUUUUAUACUUAACAGUUAUAAGUUAGGCCAAGAAAUAGCAUUUAUUAAAACGGUAACCUGAAAAAAAACCCCAAAAAGGUUUAAAAAGAAGGCAGGUGUUGAAGUCGUUUGUACAGCUAGUUUUGAGGUCACUACCUUAUUUUCGGGGAUAUAAUUGUACAACUUGUGGUUGUUGACUUCAGGUUUACGUGAUUUGAUUUUCGCAUUUAUUAAAUAACUUAUUUUAAAAUACCUCUAGAGUAUAGUUUUUUUUAAUUUUGGUGAUGUUAAGGUAGGUGUGCGUUGAUUACAUUCUUUUUAAAUUAGUUUUGCAACUUUAUUUUUAGCAUCAAAAACUAGGUCUAAAGCAAACCUACAUCAGUAUAAAUUAAAAAUUUUGGUGGUCUAACACAUCUUUUUCUUAUUCAUGCCCAUCUGUUUCAAAGUAAUUCUAAAGUUAACAUCGUUCACAUGUUCCAGUUGACAUAAUUAAUUAGACGCUUCAUAACUCUUUCAUCCGAAAGUUGUUCAUCGAAAGUGCCAAAAUUGUGAAUAGCUACGUUUUUGAUGGAAAUUACUCUCUGGAGGAUUAUAUAUUGUGCUGGCAUUCCUUUCCGGAUAACACUAUUUUUGUUUUUUUUCAGUCGAAUGCCUCGUUAUAACACGACAGACACUAACAAUGUCGACACGACCGAGUUGGACCCCUGCUUGGCGGCUAAAAUACGAUUGGAGGGGAAGGGACGGUGCAGGUGGGUUACUUCAGCUAUUUUAUUGAUGGUAUUAGUACUACUGUAUACCUUUCUUUGUGGGCAUAAAAAGGGCAAUCGGAGUGGUACUAUUUUUGUUUUAUAUGGUUAAACUUUCAGAUCAAGUACGAUCUACGUGUUGAUAGCUUCCUUGAUCAUCUUGUUGAUAUCCAUAUUUAUUUUGAUAUUUCUACUGGUUACAUGGAUUCCAAAAGAGGUUGGUUUUGUUUCUUAUCGUGGGUUAUUGAUGGUUAUAAAAUGUUGCUUAUUGUACGCUUUUACUGUAAUAUUGUAGUAUUUUGUAAAUUAAAAAAAUUCAUUAAUAGGUAUAGCUAAUAUUGAUGUUGUAAAGUGUUGUGUUUAGUACCAACGCCUAGAAUUUCCGUCAAGACCUCUGCCAGUACACGAUCGUAUCUUAGCACCAAUUAAAGUACAUCGAGAUCCAGAUGAACUACUUCCAGACGUGGUACCAACAGAACCGGACAAGCUACUGGAACAUUUCAACGGAAAGGUGUGUUAGUAACUAAGUGUAAUAAUGUGUUUGUAUUAGAUAUUCUGGAAUCAGAAUCCAGAAACACGAAGAGCUCCAUCUAAUAGUGAUAACGGUAAGAAAGAAGAGGUAAUGGGUAUUGGAGAGGCGAAAGAGAAGUAUGGUUUGGGGGCAACAGAAAGUGGCAGUACAUUAGAAAGUAGUACUGGAAGGGAUAGUACCAUCAGUUUUACUGUAUCUCCAGAUGCUUUUCUACCGUCAUCUAAUGACGUUAAGGCUACUGAUAAUGUUGAGGCUAUCGAUUUGAUCUUCACAUCUGCUUCUUCAGAAAAGCCUUCUGUAGCUGUUGUUCAACAAUUGAACCCGGUACUUGUUUUUGAAACAGUUAAGCCAUUUGAGCAGGCUACAAAAGAGUUGGAAGUGGCUACAAAACCUGCAUUUACAACAUCUUCAAGCAAGGUACCAACAAUAACUACCACUACAUCGACUAUUACUGAAGCAUCAAAUAAACCUUCAGAAACUCAGACUCUUGGCCCUUCAAUAACUGAAGCUACUGAACUUGCUACGAUAACCACUAAGGCUACAGUAACAGCACAAAGCAAUGGCACAGAUAAAAAAUCAACGGCAAUAAUAGAUCAAACAGUUUCAACGACAUCAAUGACAGAAAGAUUAGAAGAAGAGAGCACUAUAAUACGACUCGAGCCAUAUGUAAACAAAAGCAGAGGUUAUCAACCGGUCGAGAGUGAUGGUGUUCAGGUAUUUGCUGUUUAUGUUGUUUGUUCCUUUGCUGAUAGCUGGUCUAACUGGGGCGUUGCACGAACUAUAAUCCGGGCUUAUUUGCAUGUUUCGAUGUUGCUGAUAUGAUAUUAUGACAUUUUCAUGAUUUUAAUAAUAAAAUUUUGCAUGAUAAACAAAAUACAUAACUUGAAGUUUUAAAAACUUACUUCCAGACAUGCUCCCAAUAUCUGAAAUCAGGCCAAACCAAGUCAGGAAUCUACAAACUGAAGCUGCCUGAGGUCGGAGAGUUCUAUGGUUUGUGUGAAAUGGAUGAGAACGAUGCCUGGUUGGUGAUACAACAACGUCAGAAUGGAGACGAAGUCUUCUACAAUCGUUCCUUCAACGACUACGCUCUCGGCUUUGGCGAUCAGGCUUCUGAUCAUUGGCUAGGCUUGGAGAAGAUAAGGGCGUUGCUGAACAGAUACAAACUACAACUUCGAAUUGAAGCCAGAGGCGACAGAUGUGACAAAAGAAAAGAUGACCUUUACCUGCUUGGGUUAUACGACUUUACAAUUGCUACACGGAAAGAUGGCUACAGACUGACAGUGUCGAAUAUUCUGGAGGGAAACUUCACGGAUCCCUACUCGGACUUGAGUAAUUGUAACGGAGCCAAGUUCGCUACGGUAGACCGACAGUCGAAUACUGUAAAUUGUGCGGAUCUGAGAAAGUUAGGGUAGGUCGGAUACUGUAACUAAUGAUAUCCAGGCAAAAUCUAUAUAGUAUUUUAAAUUGUAAGAUAUCUAAAAAAGUUUAUUAAAGCCUAAAGCCUAAUUUCUACUUAGUAUCGUAAUACCUAUUAUGCAAAUUUACUCCUUUAGAGCCUGGUGGCAUCCACCAAGUUGUUCCUUCAUUACCUUAAAUGGUGCUUACAAUAACGACAAGUGCCAUAGCUGGUCGGGUGCUCAGAUUUACGCUCGGGAACGGUCGGUUCACGCUUCGGUACAUUACAAACAAUCACAUCAGAAGCCGCGGUUUACCCGGCUGUCAGUAAAAAUAGUUGAGUAG